ACCGAGGGUGUCCUCUGGGGAGGAGAUGACGUAGCGGAAAAGUAAGUAGUCUUAAGAUGCAUUAUGAAUUAAGGUUGUAGUCUAUCGUAGACAUGCCUGGGCAAAGCCUAAUCCUUGCUUUCCUGUUGGCUGCCAUUUGUGAGAGUACGAUAUAAAGGGUGACGGUUCGUCUCACUGUUACCAUUGCACGGAUCUGAGAGCAGCAGCAGCGUCGGCAGAAGCAGCACCAUCGCAGUAUCAUCAUGACAGGAGACCUUGUGACCGAAUUGAUGGCAGAAAGUCAGCAGACUUCAGUCAUGUCUGAUCCUCAAGAUGCACGGAAAGGCCGCAGGAAGAGAAAGUCUCAGACCGUCAGCGACCCACGAGCCAAGCGAUCCCUGAGUGUAUCGUCUGUGUAUCACUCAUCUGCCAGCAGUAGCGACGACAACUCCUCGAACGAUAUGCUUCCUCCUACCGAGACUCACGAGGCGAAGUCUGCGGUUAGCGGACUAACUGACAUACCGCAGCCUUGUUUCUACACUCCGCAGCAGAAAAUGCCUGGAACGAGCGCAGCCCCUUCAGCACCGUGCAAGGUGAAGUCUGAAGAAGUGCGUCUACCGUUGGGCGACGACGUGUUCCUUACUGUGGGAAAGUUUCGGGAGUAUCCCAUAGUAAAUGUUAGAAGAUACUAUCGCCCAGACCCCAAAGAUGUGAACAAGCUGAGGCCCGGGAAGCAAGGCCUUGCACUGACACCAAAACAGUGGACCAAGCUGAAAGAGCAGCCGCUGCUGGGAGCGAUCCUAGACGCAACAUACCACGCCAUGCCCUACGACGUUGGGGCGUUCCAGCCGAAAAUGUACGACCUGGGAUCUGAAAAGUACGUGACGGUUCAGAUCCUGCAAGGGCAGCCUUCCGUGACCCUGCACCAGCACUAUAGGCCAUACGGAGCCCCAGACACCGACCCUUUGAUGAAGCGAGGCAUCGAGUUAACAAUUCCGCAAUGGGAAGACCUUGAAAGCAAGAUGGAAACGGUUGACAAACUGUUGGAGGCUAUGGAGAACGGAAAGAAGGCAACUGACAAAGAUGUCAUACAGUCAGCUGUUGUGUAUUGAAAAAUCGAAAAAUGAAUAAAGCUUCCUGGUGGUUGGACACAGGCAAAGAUCUUACACUCUUGUUUGUAUGUUUAUCUCUGUGUGUCUGUAAGAAUGAUGAGU